UCGGCGGCGACUGGACUAAACAAUUGCCGGCAAUCAUGUAUAAUCAAUAUUAUAGUUACAUUCACACAUGGCUGUCGGCCAAGGAAAAUUGGGCAGCACACUCGAACUUUUGAUUGCUCAAGGAUAUAGGAGGACCGACGGAAGGACGGGCUAUGAAUAUAACAGAAGCACAUUAUGGGGGGGAUUGAAGUAUAUGUUGUGAGCGAAGAGAGGAGAUACAGUGUAGUAUAUAGGAUAGGCGGAAGGAUCGUCGGUGCUGGCGCCCGCAAGGCGACGCACUUGAAAAUCAUCCUCGUCACACACACACACACAUCCAAGUCCCACGUCAUCUGUUGUGUGUGUGUCCGACUCUUAUUUUUAUUUUGUAUUUUUUUAAUUUCGACUAUUUUUAGGCGAAGCACGCGCGCGAGCGCACGGGGUUUUUUAUCAUUCCCCACCCCUCUCCCGUCCAGCGCGCGGAUUUCGAAAAACAAACUCCCAAGGUCCUCAUCUCAUAUCCCUUUUUCUUUUUCUAGAUAUCUUUCUCUUUAGCUGGAUAGACUCUUGUGUGUCUCUUGCUAUAUAAGCAAUGCCGUGUGGUUUCCAGUUGGAUAUGUAGAUUUCCAGCUCUCUCUCUCUGUGUCUGUCUGCCUUUAUCUCCGUUUGGCUGCCCAGCAGCUUAGAGCUCUUAAAAGCCUUUGCUUUAAGUUGCUGCUGCUGAAUCACCCCAGCUCGAUGGUCUGCUAUUGCCUAUUGGCUUUGGUCGCCAACACUAAAUCAAUCGCCAAAAGGGAUGCACUUAUAUUCCCUAUUGGCUUAAGCCGAGAGGGUCCUCUUAUUGUGACGGCGGUUUCGUUCUUUAAGUCGCUUAAAGUGAUUAUCGGUGGGGUUUUGUGCAAUUGUUUUCUUUUAUUUUGACUGUGGUAGGGGAGGGGGACUCAGUGUAACUUGAUAAAACGAAUUAUUGAUUAUAAAGAUAGUAAUCCCAAUCCGUUCAGCGAAUUUCGACCGGGGAUGAGAAAACUAUUUUGAUCGUUUUUAUGCAGUCGAUUUUUAAUGGUCUAUAUCGAUUUCUUAAAAAUGAAAAAAAGAUUAGAAAAAGGUCGUCUGCUCACCUCGUUUUGUUACGAGUUUCGAAAAAGAGUUGAUCUAAAGAAAAUGAUAUUGAUUGAUAACUAUGGGGAACCAAACGAUCACGUUUUUUGGAAACGUGGUUACCCCGCAAAAGCACAAAAUAUCAAAUUACUUAAAUGUGGUUAUCGUGUGAACUCUGGUUGUGGCUCUGUAGCUUAGUACACACUCUGGACAUGCUUUUUACAGAUUUCAGGUCAGAGCCAGCCAUCAUGUUCCACAAGACGUGCAAGUUUUGCUUGUGCUGUCAUCAGCAUCAAUCUCAGUAUCAUCACUUGGAUAAACAUCAUCCCACUCAAUCUGAGCAACUACUGAUGUUGGUCGAGUUACAGAUCUCUUCUUCGCAUAUGGGUGUAUUCACGAGGACCCUUUUUUUUCCUAUCCUGCCUAUUGGACUCAACUUUUCUGCGGAUGGAACACUUGUGGAUGCCUGGCCGUAUUUCCCAGGCUUAAAGCCCUGCAGCUGACAACUUGCAGUUCACCGAGACAAGUGUCUCUAUCCGGCCGGACGGGUUCGAGGGCCUUCGCUCACGUAAAUCAAAUUGGGAAAUUAUUAUUAGAAUUUCGACUCUCCAGUUCUCAUUUUGCUCGAGGUAUAGCCAUUAUUUCAAAUCCCGAUUU